GUGGUCUGAACUUUUGGGCAAGACAUGAUGGUAGCAGUACAAAGAUUGUCGUUUAUGUCAGCCUCUCUUUCUUUCUUUCUUUCUCUCUCUCUCUCUCUCUCCAUCGUAGCGCUUGUAAGCUUCUUCACAAGCUUCCCCAUCGGCCCAAGUCUACCUCUGAUCACAGACAGCAAUCGAAAAAAGGGGUAGGUGGUGGUAGAUAUGGGUAUCUUCGCCCUCCUCCGCUCGGUCCGAAUGGCAAUCCGACGACAAUUCGAGAAGAAGGCUCGAUUCACGUACGACGUCGAUUUGGAGAGCCCUGCAGAAGAAGAAGAAGAAGCCUCAUCCCCAGUGCAUACGUCUCCGACGAUGGUGGUGGCGGCGAGUGUUGCGGAGAAUUCACGUUCAUUCCUAGACAGAACCCUGGACGGGCCGGGUCCUUUUUGUUUCCAGACAGUAGCAGUGCCUGGUCUGGACGACAUGGAUAUGACGGGCCAAGACGGCUCGUACUAUUUUACAAUAUGCAAGGCUACUGCUGCUCCCUCGGGCUUGCUGAUUGACUUUCGGGAGAGUGACGAGGAUGAAGGGGAAAGCUGCCAGAUAGAGGGAGGAAGAGACAGAGACGGAGACACAAGUUGAUAGGUAGGUAGGUAGGUAGGUAGGUAGGUAGGUAGGUAGUGGUGCUUUAGACAACGUCUUACAAUGUACGCCCAUACCACCACCCCCAAUGUCUCAUUCAUCAAUUAAUCGGC